AUGGCCACCUCAGGCCGUUUGACCUUCCUGUACCCUCAGCUCUUCCGCACAGGAGCACUCUGGUCCGAGCCAGCUGCCGCUCGUGCCGCCCGCAAGCCCCGUCGUCUCGUCGCUCCUCUCCCUUCUCAGCAAUCAUGCUGCGCGCAUACCGCUUCAGCUCCUUUCUCGAACUCUGCCUCUCGGAGGCAAGCCGCCUUUGUCAAAUAUGGAAAGGCCGUAGAACCACAGCCAUUACAUGAAGAGACCCCGACAACGUCUUCCGAACCAACAAAACCAAUCGCCGAUUCAAAGCCCAAUGCUGCCCCGGCCGAGAAGCAACCGCAGCAGCAGCAGCAGCCAGACAAAAGCGAGCCAACAACACCAAAAGAAGGUGUUCCCGAUGCGCCAAAGGCAGUCCCAACCUCAGGGUCUCCCGAACAGCCACCUACGGCAGCCGCUACCAAAACGGGUUCAGAUCCAAAAGCAGACAAGAAGAGCGCCACGCCCUUGGAAACCAUUCUCUACAUGGAACCGCCUCCCUCCGACCACACCACGCGCCUCCUGACCGACCCCGAAAACGGUAACGGCCGACCACCGCACCUCCAACCGCCUCCCUACGUACACCACUUCGACAGCUACUCGCUCGUUAAACAGCUCUCGAGCGGCGGGUAUACGCUCCCGCAAGCGAUCACGGCCAUGAAGGCUGUCCGCGGGCUGCUGGCUUCGAACCUAGACGUGGCGCAGGCGGGCUUGGUGAGCAAGAGCGACGUGGAGAAUGAGACUUACCUCUUCCGCGCGGCCUGCUCGGAGCUGAGCACCGAGGUGAAGAACAACCGGCGGGUGGCGGACGAGCAGCUGCGGCAGCAGCGCACGCACCUGCUCCACGAGGUGGACAUACUCACGCAGAGGCUCAACCAGGAGCUGUUGACGCUGAACGACAACGUGCGGGGGAUGUUCAACGACCGGAAGAUGGCGGUGAGGGAGGAGCAGAAGGCUGUUGACAGUCGGGUAGGUUUCUCUUCCCCCGCCUCUUUCCAGAAGGACAAGGAACCCCCAAAACGUAGACGACUGACAGACAUGCGCCGACAGAUCCAACAAAUAAACUAUAAAAUCUCGGUCAUGCUCAACAGCGACGCCCGUUCCGACAUCGAAGCCCUGCGCUGGGUUCUCAUUCGCCGCUCCGUGCUGGGAAUCCUGUUCAUGGCGGUCGCUACCCUCGGUACCCUGCGCUACGCCACUUAUGUGAACCACGAGCGACAGAAGGAGGCCGACAGGAAGAAGCGCGAGGCUGAGGAGGCCAGGAGACAUGAUGGCACGAGGGACGGUGCGCCGGCACCGAUGGCGGCGGAAAUUCUUAUGGCGAAUUAG